GUACGGUUCGUUUACGCCGUCCCUCGAAUCAUGCAAAGAAUGGUAAAGGAGGCUGUGUCUGAGAAAUACGACCUUACGAACAUUCGACAUGUAGUCGUUGGAGCGGCUCCCGUUGGCCAAGAGCUCUGCAAAGAAUUCGUGGCCAAGUUUCCGCACGUAUCCACUGUUAGUCAAGGCUAUGGCUUAACAGAAACAGCGGCCGCCACAAACAUGACCCCGGCUUUGCCUAUCACUGAUGCGAAAUUCAAUAGCUGUGGCAUUUUGACGCCUUUCUUUGAGUGCAAGAUUAUUGAUUUAAAAACUGGCGAGGAAUUGAAACACAAUGAACAAGGAGAGCUGUGCUUCAAAGGUCCGUUGUGCACUCUGGGAUACUAUAAAAACGCAAAGGCUACUGCUGAGCUCUAUGACAAGGACGGAUGGUUACACACAGGUGAUAUCGGCUACUACGACGAAGACGAAUUUUUCUACAUCGUUGACCGUUUAAAGGAACUGAUCAAAGUAAAAGGGUUCCAGGUAACUCCGUCAGAAUUAGAGGAAGUUCUUCUGACUCACCCUAAUAUAGAAGAAGUUACUGUCAUUGGCAUACCAGAUUCAGAGAAAGGAGAGCGACCUUUUGCGUAUGUUAUUGCCAAGAGUUCUUUGACGGCUGAAGAGGUGGCUGAAUAUUUGAGCAAAUCGGUCGCCCCUAUCAAACGGAUAUCACCAAAGGACGUAGCAUUCGUUGAAUCUUUGCCGAAAACUAGCCUAGGCAAACCACAACGGAGGAUGCUUCAGAAGAUGCACAAUAUGCAUUCCGUCAGUACCUUGAAAUCGAAGAUUUGA